UCUGUACUUGAUGUGACAGUGUGCUGUAUUUCGCCGUUAUGUACAGCAUAAAACAAGUAAAUUAGCAGGCUAUCUCACAUAUAAUGAAUGAGCGUUUUUGAAGAAUUGUCUUGUCGACGUGGACCACACUUCAACGACUGUUUUAACGUCAGAGACAGCUGUGUCACCUUGGUGUACUCGAAGGACUAAACCAUCUUUGGAGUCAGUCGAGGGAUGGUGGGCUAUGACCCGGGGUCCAGCAAAGCCGUGCUCAGUCAUGAGGAGGCCGCUUUGGCUGGGUCCGCGGCUGGCAUGGUGACACGCGCUCUCAUCAGCCCACUGGACGUCAUCAAAAUCAGAUUCCAGCUCCAGAUUGAGCAGGUGUCGCGGCAGCGGCAGGAGGGGAAGUACUGGGGCCUGCUGCAGGCCAGCCGCCGCAUCCUGAGAGAGGAGGGCCUCCCUGCCUUCUGGAAGGGCCACGUCCCCGCACAGCUCCUCUCCAUCUGCUUCGGGGCCGUACAGUUUUCCACAUUCGAGGCCCUCACAGAAGUUGUCCACAAGAACUCCUCCUACAGCUGCCAGACCCCGGCUGUCCAUUUUGUGUGCGGGGGGCUGGCAGCAUGUUCUGCCACCGUCGCCUGCCAGCCACUGGACACGCUACGCACUCGCUUCGCCGCCCAGGGAGAGCCUAAAAUCUACCCCAACCUGAGGCACGCUGUGUUCCGCAUGUUCCGUACGGAGGGCCUGUUUACAUUCUACCGUGGCCUGGUGCCAACUCUGGUGGCCGUCUUCCCCUACGCCGGCCUGCAGUUCUUCACCUACAACGUCGUCAAGGGCCUCACCAGCUCCAGAGAGUCCAAAGGGGGUCUCCAGAGUCUGAUGUGUGGCAGCCUGGCCGGGGUCAUCAGUAAAACCCUCACGUACCCCUUUGACCUCUUCAAGAAGAGGCUACAAGUGGCCGGCUUUGAGGAGGCCAGGAAACACUUUGGACAAGUGCGAACAUACCAGGGCUUUGUGGACUGUGUGGCGUCUAUAGCCAAAGAGGAGGGCUUCAGAGGCUUCUUCAAAGGCCUGUCCCCCAGUCUGGUGAAGGCUGCUGUCUCCACAGGCCUCACCUUCUUUACCUAUGAAGCCUUUGUCAAUCUCCUCAUCCGACUAAAGGAACACUGAAAGGAGGAAGAGUAAGGGCUCAAAGGUAGACGUUGAGGACUUGACAAUUUUUUUUUUUUUUACCUACCUCUAAAAUGGUGUGCUGAGUGGAGGGCAAGUGGAGAGUCUGAACAUUUCCGAAUCACGCACAGAUAAGGAGGGCCAUGAUCUUGAAGGGAUGCUGGUCAUGCUUACACACAUCUUCUUAUUCAAGUACCACUUGAUGCACACCAAAAUUAGACCAAUGCAGCAAAAUACUCCUCCAAAACGGUGAACUUUUGUCUAAAUUAAUCAUACAUUGAGAAUGCCUAUGACGUUUAACUAAAUUAGUUCAUGUAGAAAGUAAAAGAGAUCUUAUUUUGGAUGAAAAACAUGGCAAUACAGAUACACUGCAAAAUAAUGUCAAAACACGGAUACAAAGUCACACAAUGAUGGUUAAUCUAACGUGAAGUUCCCAGGCCUUAAAAUAGCUAUUUAAACAAAUGUUCAUAUUUUCUGAAAAUGUAAUGAAUCCUUUUGAGUGGCCUUGUUUGUAGUAUUCCAAGAAGGACUGUGAACAUAUUUUAAGGGUCAUUAAAAUAACCAUUUACUGUAUAUUAUGGCAGUUACCAUAAGGGAGAGGUCCAGGAAAUAUUACCUUAGUCUGGGUCUUACAAAUUGAAAGCAUUUUUUCACCCAUUGUACAUGAGAAGGGCAGUCAUGGUGACGGCAGUGUUCAAGAAAGGGACCAUGCUCACAAUAACAAGCCACUACUGCCCAGUUAACGGCCUGCAAAGAUGGUUUAUAUUGGAAUAUUUGCGUAAAAUUGGUAAACCUGAGGGGGGAAAGGAACAACUGAAGUCCAAGACUUAUUUUUAAAAGAGCAAAUCUUCAGUCCAUGUUCAAUAGGUCUGUUGGGUGUGUUUUUGUUUUUAAAUGUCGUCAAAGGUCAGGCCCAUGCCUCAAACUCAAAUGCAGGUGGCGGCAUCCACAAUUGCCCUGGUUUCCUGACAUUUCUUUACUUUGGUUCAGUGUUUCUACACCACUCUAUAAUCUACCUAUUUUCCUCCUCAUCAUUUAGUCUUCCUCAUAUUAUCAUCUCAGUAUAUUUCUCGGUCAAUGUGACACUUUAUCUGUGUACUACAUCAGGCUUGUACACAGAUCUUUACAUUUAUCAGUGGGGAGGAUGCUUCAGUUUGCUUCAAAUGUUACAAUUCACCUUGUACAUGGGUUUUCAUUUCUAUGUUCUGACAUUUACACAAAAUACUUGUUGUCCAAUAAUGAUGUCUGAAAGCAUACAUUUGUUUAUGGUGCUUAAGUUUUGAAAGUGGACUGAGCCAAAGGCUUUUCAUAUCAAACUAGUAGUUCACGUCCACUCAAGCAUCAUAUUUGAUGCACUAUUAUCAUGCUUUGCUAUUAAUAUGGGUAUGGGUUUGGUUUUUACUUCACUGAGUGCAGUUGCAUGCAUGGAGUGUUCUGAUUUCAGACGGAAUAUUCAGACGGAAUAUUCUCAAUAUUUGGUUUAAACACAAGUUCUGUUUACACAUGUGAAACAGCAGUAUGCAACUGGAAUAUUGAGAAAAUUAAUCAAGACUUAACAUAACUUGUGCGCAAACCUAAUACUGACACCAUUCUGUUUAAAAUUGGACUAUUCUUCGCAUCUAAUUGUGCACUGUCAUAUUAUUCCUUUUGAGUAUCAUCAUACGGUAUUUAUAAUAUUUAUGUAUGUGGACAGACAUUUUUCUGAACUGCUGUAACACCACGUUUUUAUUGUUUACCAUGUGACUCAUAUGCAGUUCCAUGUAAUAGGACAUAUUUUUGUAAAUAAAAUAAUAAAGCCUA